GUGUAUGGAGUCAUCCCGUUGCUGUAGGCGGGGGCGAGCCCCUUUGCCCGUGAUAUUAAUGUGUUUUCCCGCUAUGCCAGUCUAUGAAACAUCACGCACGCAUUGGCUAUUGCUUGCCUCUUGUGUUGUCCUUCGUUUGCAAACAGUGGAUAGGAACUUAACCCGUUUGUGUUGACAGCUGCUGAAGUCCUUUACAAUGACUCGUCGAAAACAGUCGAAGCCCAGACCUUUGAAAGGUCAAGCUGACAGGUUAAAUACCAAGGAAGAUAGUGUGAUUUUGGGGAAGAAACGUUGCUCCUGGGAAAGAAGAAAAGAGAGGGAUGAGGAGAGGGAACAUUGUGGGGAAGAGAAGGAUGAAGUUGCUAAAGAACACAAGAGUGCAAGCCUAAAACAAUCUGAAUCAUUCACCCAAGAGAUGCACUGCCAUGGUUCAGCAAAUCAUAAUGUUGAGGAAGAUGAAAUAUGUCGUUUAGCUUCUCUUUCCUCUGCUCACUCCUCCAUUGAUCAUGAAGAUGGAUGUGAGCUUGGAUUCAAGGGAGACACAUAUAGAGAUCAUCAGAGACUUAAUCAGUGCAGAAGGGCAAACACCCCUUUGCCUGGCAACAGUUCAGUACCUCUCGAAUUAUUCCAAACGGAUGUCAGCAGUGAGAGCCCCACGAAAAGCAAACAGGGCUUGAGUAAUCAAUAUGAACAGGGCAGUGCUACAUCCUCCCGACAUCUCUCUCUUGUAAAUAAUCCGCAGAAUAACAUGGGGGAAUCUGAGAAAAGACAACCUCCAGAUUUUGCUGCACAAGAUCAGUCAUGUUUCUCAAUGCCAGAAUGCACUUGUGCCACCUCACACAUGUCCAGUCCAGCCACUCCAAAUGCUCCAGGAGUAUCUCCUUGUGCAGAAAAGAGAAAGUCUCAGUUUGUCUCAAACAAUUGUUUAGGAAUCUCCAAAAAGCUCAAGGUUUUCAAUGAUUUUGUUCAUUGUCACAACUGCAUGGACCAUAGAGCAUGUCCACAGACCCCACUCAAGGACAAUGAAAUCCACCCAAGUUCUGAGAUCCUGACCUUUCCAUCGGAACUAAAGGAGCACCAGAAAGAGGCUAAUGUGAUGCUAGAUCACUCCGUGUUGCUUGAAGCUGCAAUCACAGCGGCCGUUCAGACAGUUCUUCAGUGUAGCUUCUGUCCCACAUCAUUAAAAGACCUGAAAGCCCUUCAAGAGCAUGUUCGCCAAUCACACAACUCAGCUUUAAUCGAAAGCAACGUCUUUUUCUGUUCCCAGUGCUUCCGAGGAUUCCUGACAAAGGACACGCUAGAUAAUCACGUGCGGCAGACACACUGUAAAAACCAGAGUCUGAAACUUGAUCCAGAUGCAGAGGAAACAGCAGAAAGACAGUCUUUGCAAUUCUGUCCAUACUGCACCCAUUUGCCUACAUUUAACAGUAAGGUAAAACUGAUGCAGCAUAUCAAAAAGACACACAAGAACAUUCAUUUGAUGAACCUUAAAGAAGGAAGGAAGACAAUGGGUUCAACAUCACCCCAAUCAAUCAAGAGUGUGGCCCAAAAAACUAGCUAUGGUGCAUUACCUUCAACCGACUUCAUCUGUGACCACUGUGGGGCUAAAUACACCGAUCUGGAUCUGUUUCAAACUCACUUGAGUUCCCACCUGAAGAGUAUGCUUCCAAAACUUACAUGUCCCGAGUGUUUCAAGGAUUUCCCAAACCAAGAAUCUUUUAAGGAACACACAGUGUCUCAUUUUAGCAAUUCAUCUACGCUUUACAUCUGUGAGAGCUGCAGUAAGUCCUUUACCAGUGUCAAAGACUUACAUGGGCACCUACUUGAGAUGCACACCGUUGUGUUUUACCGAUGUUCCCUCUGCCAGCAGAUGUUCGACUCCACGGUGUCUAUUCAGGUUCACCUGGCCUCCGAGCACAGUAACAAGAAAACCACAUUCCACUGUACGUCGUGCGAAUGGGACUUCAAGCAAGAGCAUGACUUGCACCUGCAUGUCAAACAGAAACAUCUUGACAAACAAUGCAAGAUGUACUGUUGCAUCUUCUGUGCAGAGUCCUUUACCACAGACAUUGAGUUGCAGUGUCAUAUCACGACACAUAGCGACAAAUGCAGUCCCUGUGUCUGUACCAAUACCAGAUCUCCCCUCGAGGUGCCCUUACACGAGAAACUCUGUGCCAAGAGUGCUGAAGGUAACAACGUGACCCCUCCACCUGUCUCCGAACCAGUUGCCAAAGACAGCGCUGGAAAGCUGCCAGUGAAUAGUGAAAUAAGAGUCGGUAAGGUGGAAUCGCUGUUUAGCCCUCCCACCGAAAGCAAAGGGAAGGCAAAUCUGAACGAUCCUAUGUUUGCCUGUGAAAUCUGUGGUGCUUCUUACACCAUGCAGUCCUUGCUCGCCAACCACCAGCUGCGAGAUCACCACAUCCAGCCUGGGGAGAGUGGCACUCUCAAGCGCAAAGUGGAGGCAAUCCAAGGGAGCCACAAAUGCAAAGACUGUUCCAAGACCUUCUUCACUGAGAUGGCACUGUGGGAGCACGUCCAGACUCAUCUAGGCCCCACCAAGCACUGCCAAUGCCCCAUCUGUGGAGAGCGCUUCCCUUCACUGCUAACUCUGACUGAACACAAGGUCACCCACAGCAGGAGCUUGGACACAGGCAACUGCCGCAUCUGCAAGCUUCCUCUUCGCAGUGAGGAGGACUUCCUGGAACACUGUCAGAGGCACCCCGACCUGCACAACUCGCUGACAGGCUUCCGCUGUGUGGUGUGCAUGCAGACGGUCACCUCCACUCUUGAGCUGAAAAUUCAUGGAACUUUCCACAUGCAAAAGGUCCAGGGUGAUGAUCUGAUCAACAGCCGCAUGGAUCCCUCUAUCCUUAAUCCUGACCUUAAAAUCUCCUCAAGUGUUGCUCAGCAGGAAACGGUCACUAUGAAUGUCAGUACAUUUGAGCAUAGACUCCGAGACGAUAAGACUAGCAUUUCCGUAGUCAAUUGUUGUUCGGCUACGGCACUCAUACCAGAGGAGAGAAGCAAUAAGAGCACUCUCACACAGACCACAACAGUUUGAGUUAACCUUAAAUAAAGGGCAUCAUUUGUAAAGGACAAUAUACAGGGCUGGCGCCCAGAGUGGGGGUUACGAGUUACUGUGCCCCACUCCCUCCCGCUGAAUGCGAGUGAGUGAAAGUGCAGAGCGAGCAUGCAUUCGAAAUUACAAACGCACCCGGGUUGGUUGCUUUCCUCUACAAAUGCGAUGUUUUUAGUGCCCUGGCACCAGCUCCGACAAUAUAUGUACUCUUCUGAUUGCUUGUGUACUGGAGUAUGUUUUCACUUGUAUUUAGACCCUAAAUGUGUGAAGACUUGUUUUGGAGAGGCUGUUUUCUCCCUAAAAAUCAUUUUUCUUGUUUGAGAUGCUUAGCAAAUGACUAAUUCUCCCAAGUGCAAGUCUUAUCUUCAUUGGACACUUCUGAGGCUCUGAACUCAGAUUUACUGCUAUAUUUGGAGCAUUUCCUCUCUCUUCGUUGCAUUUUACGAUAAAUCCUUGUGUUAAUAAAUGGAAGUGGAUCUUUGUGGAUCUAGACAGUAAUGAGUUGCUGAUGACUGAAACUGCAGAUGCGCAGAGGGGCACAAAAGAGGAUGAGAUGUGGGCCGUGGGACUUGAUGUUCUGAGGGAGAGAGUCAUUAGCAGUGUUUAAUCUAAUUGAAAUCUGAGCGGACUCUUGGUAAACUUUAUGGAUUAGAUGUAGGGCUUUUGGACAAUGACAUCUGAUAAUCACAAAACAGUUGUAAUGUUAUGUAUUUUUAUUUUGUAUUAUGUAUUUUUAGUAAAAUACCAUCAUCUCUACCUUUUUAUAAUUUUGAAUCACAAUUUCAAUGUGUCUUGUUAGUUGUAUAUCUGUAAAUGAUGUUCUAUUGCAACAAAAAAAAAGUAAAUUUUGUUUAUGGGUAAAUGUGUGUAUGUGAUGUGUUUACAUUUUCAGUUCUCCAUUGUUGAUAAAAAAAGUAAAAAAAAAAAAAAACUUUAUCAUCUUUCUGGACCAAUGUAGUUCAAUGAUUGUGUAUUUUCUUAGUCUUCGGUAGAACAUCUAAAAAAAAUCAUAAAUUAUAAAUAAGAUUAAUAUUGUUUAUGACACUAAUAAACUGAAAU